GCAGAUGUAAGCUACAGUGACAUGGAGGAAAUUGAAAACACCAAGACCAUACCAGAGCUAGAGAGGUCUCUAUCCUUGUUUGUAGCCACACACGCACACAAAAUCCCCGACAUAGUGGUUAACUGCUUACUUUUUUACUCAGAACUCUAUGCUCUGUGCUGGGAGUAAACAUUCCUGAGCCGAGGAGGGGAGUCCUGCUGGAGCUCUAUGUCCACACAGUGCUGUUCUGUAGAGAGAGCAACUUCAACAGGGAGCAGACAUCUGCCCUCCUCUCCAUCGUCAAGAGCAUGCAUCAGGUUAACACUGGUAAUGGGCUACUGCUCAUAGUUUGGUCUUGUGCCGUUUUAGUUAGAGGAAGACCAUUUAAUUAUGUCAGCAGCAUUGACUCUGCAAUUCUUUGUUCAGAAAGUCCACUCAACAACAUGGGCCAUUGCUUUGCAUACUGCAGUGAACUUCUGCUCUGUCACUCUGUCAGGGUGAGUUUGUGUAUCCAAAGAGACAAUACUGUUUAUUCCCACAUCUUCUAUUCCCUUCACAAUCUCACCAAUGUAUGAAUUGUAAUUCAGUCAUGUGUUCUGGAGGUUUUCAUGGACAAACUCUUAAAAUUUCACCAUUAUUCUAUUGUUUUCUACCUGCCACAGAGACCUCCCUUCAGUAUCAGCCUGUUCAGCUCUGAGGAAGUGACCCAGAUCUUGAAGUAUCUCCUCAACACCUAUAUUAGACAUUACAAUCUGUACAAGUACAUAUUCACCCCUCAGGUAAUUUCCACACGAGAUAGAUAUCUGGGAGCCAUAUAUUUUUCUAAAUAACGCUGACAUUGUGUGUUUUGUUUGGGGCUAAGCUAUGACUUGAAGUCAGUGUUUUGCUCCUUGUCUCUUAGGUUAAAUUGGAUCUGUCUUUUUCCUACUCUGGCAUGCCAGACGAAGACCCUGCCACUGAGGACGCAGUAUCAUCAGGUCAGUGUUAUUGUGCAAAUACUGAAAUAUCCACCGCACCCAUGUGAUCAGGAGAACAGUAUGAAUUAAUGUUUUAUCUGUGUGCACCAGCUGGGUACUGCAAUAAGGAAAACGAGCCAGAGACUGCAGAAGAAGGGGAGCAGCCCAUUGAAGCAAUGAACACAGGGCCAGAGGUGGCUAAUACAGGUAUUACACGGCUUGCUCAUGCAAGGCACCCGUAUAGACGAGAGAAAUUGUGUUGUAACACGCCUGGUUCUAAAUAAAGACACUUCAGUUGCAACUUGUGACAUUUCCUGUUUGUAAAAGUGCCUCUCUUCUCUAUAAGAUCCAUCGCCCAAGUCAGAGUUGAGGAUGAUAAUACAACAGGAAAUGAGAGAGGAGAUGAUGCACUUGUCAAGGCAACUAGAGCAACGAUUGAAGGAAAGUGCAGAUCGGGUAAAUAGUGCUCUGACUUCACUGGAGACCAACCUCCAAGGCAAAAAGUAA